AUGGAAGAGCAGCUGCUGGAGGUGCCGAUGCCGACCGGCGCGACGCUGCCGGACCAGACGCUCACGGAGAGCGUGCGACUCGUGGGCGAGAACUGCGUUGCGACGGUGCCCAGUAGCACUGCGUUUGGCACGGAAUGUGGCGACGCGAUGCCGUCGGAAGACGCGGACCCGGACGACAGUGGCCGCAGUAUCCGUUGGAUGGACUCUGGCGUGCAAGGCCCGGAGACUCAGGUGUUGUACGUGCAGACGCCUGCAGUCUCCUCACGUGGUCGCGAUGGUUUCGACUCGGAUGCUUUUGCCGGCUCGAAUGCUGUGUUCUGUCGCCAAGCCUUCGACUCGAUUGGUGGCAUUCAGUACGGUACUCCGUCUGAAGAUGCGUUUACGGGGAACGUGGUGCACACUUCUGGUUGGGACUCGGUGUACUUCCGCAAGGAUUUCGAGGGCGAUGCCAAGGACCGUAUUCGAUUUCGACCCGGACUGGCGUCCGCCGCGCGUGCCUGCCCCGGACCCGAAGCCAUCUCUAGCGUUCCCGCGCAAGAUGUUUUUCUACGACUCGGUGCUGUACCCGUUUUUGGCUCGAUUCCUGCCCUGCAUAACGUGGCGAUCGCCGUCUGCUACUUGUGCACGGGAGACGCGCCGAUCUACGCUCGUGGAACGAAGUUCCUGUACUCUUUCUUGAUCGUGACGUUCUGCCGUUGGGUGCUGAACCUGCUGGCCAAUAUCAAGCUUAUGCAAAUACUCGUUCAGUACGUUAUCUGCGUUGCUACGUGUACUUAG